AUGGGCUGUUGCGAGAGUGCUGACGCCGCACAAUCGGAAACGAUACCGGAGAAGGCGCACAAGAUGCAGGCAAGCCGCGAGGAGCGGGAGAGAGCCGAGAUGCAACGAAUCCUGGAAAAGCGCCCGGUGAAUCGCAAUCCAAGUUUCAACCGGCCAGCGCGGCCCAUGCCCAUGCGCCGCGGAAAGUGUCCGGCAAAAGUGAUGAUUGAUUCUGAAGCAGAGCUGAAGACUUCAGCCAGUGCCAGCCCUCCACACGAAGCAACGGCCCCUGCCGAAAAGAGGCGGGAGUCCCAGGAGGAGGCCAGCAGCCAGGCGAGAACAAAUCGCUUAGCUGCGACAUGGCCGGAGCAGGCCACCCCGAGAAGGUCGAAAUCUUCUGCGCCUUCGAGAGAGCAGAAGGUCGAAUCAAGGGAGCAACUUCCACCGCGGGCUGCAAGCGAACGGGCUCGCACUGGUGAUCAUGAAGACGUGGUCACCGACGAGGAGCCUCCGCCCACUCCAGUUGCCGAACUGACCGCGAAGGGCCGCGAGUGGCUCGUCUUCCGUCUUCGCGAGGUCUACACGGCUCCCCGGCUGCCGCACGUCAUGGCUAGCGAGUGGAAGCCGAUCGCCCACUCUGCGGAGCAAAUGAAGUCUCUGGACUAA